GCCUACGGCAAAUGGUAGAAGGUUAGGCUGCUAGUCAGAUGCAAAGAUGCCGGUUGUUGAAAUGGCACACCAUGGCCAUCCCUGCCACAUAUCGCAGUCCACUGAAAAUUCGCGGUCUCUUUCAAUUUUGUUAUCGCACCAAAUUGCAGAUGACGUGGAAUAUUGCGGACAGGCGUGAGUUUAGCUGCUCGGUGGAUACAAGUCAUCCUGCUAUAGUUCUGUCUGGCACAGCAAUUGCCCGGCAGAUCCAUAAGGAGAUACAGGCCAGUGUGGAACAGUUAGUGGCUCACGGAAACAGACGACCUCACCUGGCCGUGAUCCUGGUAGGAGAUGAUCCAGCGAGCCGAGUGUACGUCAGGAACAAGACCAGAGCUGCCUCAUUGCUAGGCAUCUCCAGCAGUGCUCUGCUGCGACCUGCUGGUGUGAGUCAGGCAGAACUGCUGGAUCUGAUCGAUCAGAUGAACAGAGACUGGAGAGUCAGUGGCCUACUGGUGCAGCUGCCACUGCCAGGGCACAUUAAUGAGAGGGCUGUGUGCAACGCCAUUGCCCCAGAGAAAGACGUUGACGGGUUUCACAUUGUUAACAUCGGGAAGCUUGUGCUGGAUCAAAGGACAAUGGUUCCAGCAACACCCGCAGCUGUGUGGGAGAUCAUCAAGCGCACAGGCAUUGAGACAGUGGGCAAAAAUGUGCUGGUGGUCGGACGCUCCAAGAACGUGGGAAUGCCAAUCGCAAUGCUGCUGCACUCGGACAGAAACCAUGAGCGUCCUGGAGGGGAUGCAACUGUGACCAUCGCCCACAGAUGCACUCCUCGUGACCAGCUUGCACAUCACUGCCGGUUGGCGGACAUCGUCAUCGCCGCUGCAGGUGUUCCACAGCUGAUAACGGCAGACAUGGUAAAGGAGGGUGCUGUUGUCAUUGAUGUGGGCAUCAAUCGCAUCCAUGAGACCGGCUCUGGGAGGAUCCGCCUGGUUGGAGACGUUGACUUUGAAGGUGUGCGGCAAAAAGCAGGCUUUAUCACUCCAGUUCCUGGAGGGGUUGGUCCAGUGACCAUCGCCAUGGUGAUGAAAAAUACUGUUACUGCAGCAAGAAAUGCUCUGGCACACUGAAACAUGGAGACAGACAAACACACUGCACACAUAUUACACCGUGACAACUGUCAGAAGUUCCUUUGGGGGAAUUCUAUGCUUGAAGAAACAAAGACAAAUGUCUGACAGAGCCAGAUGACAAAACGUAUCACAGAUUUUUCUGUGCCACUCUAUGUGUGUUAAUGUGAGGUCUGAAUGAUCUGUGUAAUUCUGUUUAUGUAUGUUGUGUUUUAUUUAUGGGGUAUUGGAGUAGGCCAGUAUUGAUGCUUAUUUAAGUGGUAAUUUUGUUUCGAUGUCCAUGGUAUGCUUGAAAACGGUUUUUGUGAAGAAAUAGUUUUUAAAUGCUGUUAUGGUGAAGUCAUGGAGAAAUGUCAUUCUGAUAUGGUUAAAUCAAAUGAGAAUAUAGAGCCUCUGUUGUACCAAAAUGGGAUCUGGGAUAUUGGCUUCUGUACAAUAAAACAUCAGGUU